AUGACCAUCUCUCCAGAAUCUCUCACUCAAAUCCCAGCGUCAUUCGCCAGUGUCUCUGUUGGCACAUCUUCGACCCCUCUUUCUUCUAAACUUUCUGCAAUUUCUUCAGCAGGCUUCACAGCCAUUGAACUUGGCUUUCCUGAUCUGCUUUCGUUCGCUUCGACCUUGCAUAAAAAAGAUAUAAAAGAAAAUGACUACGAUUCAUUAUGUUCAGCCGGAACCGAAGUCAAAAAACUAUGCGAAAAGAACAAUUUGGAAAUAAUGAUGUUACAGCCAUUCUCGAACUUUGAAGGAUGGCCACAGGGAUCGAAUGAAAGGAAAGAUGCUUUUGAUCGGGCGAAGGGUUGGAUUCGUAUCAUGGAGGCUGUAGGUACCGAUAUGUUGCAAGUGGGAAGUUCGGAUUCGCCAGAUAUCUCGUCGGAUUUUCAUGUUUUGGCGGAUGAUUUGAGGGAGUUGUGUGAUUUGCUCGCGGAACAUAAGUUCCGUCUUGCUUAUGAGAAUUGGUGCUGGGCAACUCACGCUCCAACCUGGGCCUCCGUCUGGGAAAUCGUCAAACUAGUCGACCGCCCCAACAUCGGUCUCUGUCUCGACACCUUCCAAACCGCCGGCGGCGAAUAUGGCGACCCAACCACCUCUUCAGGACUUAUUUCGCAUCUAGGAACCCAAGCAAAACUACACAUGAACUUCACCCAAUCUCUGCAAUCCCUCACCACCACCGUCCCCCCUGAAAAAAUUUACCUCCUUCAAAUCUCCGACGCAUAUAAACCGCCUGUACCUAUACCCACCACCCCUGCUGAAAAGGAAAAGGAAGAGCUGAGAGCGAGGGGUAAAUGGAGUCAUGAUUUUAGACCAUAUCCAUUUAACGGGGGCUAUCUACCUAUAGUAGAAGUAGCAAGAGCGGUGCUCGGAACGGGAUUCAGAGGAUGGUUUAGUAUGGAAGUUUUUGAUGGGGGUGCGGACGGGAAAUGGGAGAGAGUUGAGAAAAUGGACUUAGAAGCUUUUUGUAAGGGGGCUAUGGAGGGUCAUAAAAAGUUGUUGGAGGAGUGUGGAAAUCCUCCUAGUACGGUAAAGAAGCUUCUGGGUUAGAGAGGAACCAAAGUUGACGAAGGUGUUGGAAAGAUCAAAAUUGUAAAAACAAAAUACCGGUUGCUCACGGUGUCGUUUUAGUCAACGGCAAGCAUGGGCCUACGCCCAAAUAUAUACUGAGCGUUUUGGUAUUGUUUUGGUAGCAGGAUAACAGCACGAAUAUCAAAACUGACAUUCACCGCACGAAGUUAAAC